AGCCAUGCUCCAUCUUUUAUCAUGCCUCAAGCCCCCAGCUGUUAGCUGAUCUGGGCUUUCCUUCCAGUUACAGUGUGUUCAUCCCCCCCUGCCCCCUCCCCUCUAGCUGUUCCACGUGCACGCCAGCCCAUGGCGCUAUCCGGGCCCAGUGCUCAGCGAUGCCUCCUCGGAGAGGUGGCAGACCACUCCCGACCCCAGUGUACCCGCACUCAUUAAUCCCCGUUCAUCUCGAGCACAAACGCUUUAGAAAGGGAGGUGACCGACGGGCGGAACCAGCCGCGCCCCUUCUCACCGCCACCGCCCCCUCCUCCAGCGUGCUGCGGUACCGGGCCCUGAGGCUCCGGGCCGAGCGGCCCCGCCUCUCCCCGCCCGACGCGGUCCGGCCCCGCCUCUCCACCCUCCGCCGGCGGCGGCGCGCGGCCAUGGAGGCUCCGCACGGCGCGGGGCCGUUGCCCACCGCCCGCCUCCGCGCUGCCGUGCAGCCGCACUGCCGGCCGCCUGCUGCCCGAUCCCAGCGGGAGUCGCCGCACAGCGCGCAGGGGGAGCUGGGUGCAGAGCCAGGCCCUGGCAGCGAGCAGCCCCUCACCCCAGGCUGUGACACAGAGAUGGGCUGCUCCAAGCUGGGCAGCUCAAACCAGGAGUAUUACCUGAAACUGGAAGAGUUGAAGAAUGCCCACUUGGAGACAAUGGCAAAAUUAGAAAGCAUGUAUCGGAACAAGCUGUAUUUACAAGGAGUGCAGCCCUUGGAGAGGAACAACGCUAACAGUGCUACUUCCAAGGUCUGCUGUAGGCCAACCUGGGAGAAAAGCACAUAUCAGCCUCUAAAUUUGCCCAGAUCCUUCUCUGACUCCAGCUUAAGCGAUCCCUUAGGCUCGGCUGUGUCUGGUGGGUCCGACAGAGAACUAUCAUCUGAGGACAGCUGUAGUGAAACCAGAUCAUUACUAUUUGCUAAGGAACGGAUUGCAAGGAUGUGGGAUGGCUUCUCAGUGGAUGACUACCUUCCUCCCAGGAAGCACAGCCUGCCCACUGCAGCAGCUUCCAGGACAACACGGAAGCAGAAGGCAUGGUCACCAAAAAUCACUGUGCCCAAGCCCUUCCAGAUGACAAUUAGAGAAGCCAGAAAAAAAGAACAGAAUGUCAAAUCCAAGUCGCAGAUUGAAAUGGAAAAUAACCUACUGAAGAAGCAGCUGGAGGAAGAAGCAGAGUGUCAGAAAAAGUUCCGAGCCACUCCAGUGCCCGCUGCAGUCUUCCUGCCACUCUACCAUGAAAUUGUGCAAAGGAAUGAGGAGCGCAGGAAGUCUGUGAAGGAGAGGAGCAAAAUCAGGCUCUUGGCUUCUCAGAAGCCAUUUAAGUUCAUUGAAAGAGAGAAGCAAAGGGAUGAAAUUAGAAGAAUGCAAUUAAGAGACCUUUCCACACCUGAAAAGAAAACAAAACCAUUCAAAGCAAAACCAGUUCCCAGAUAUGUUUAUAGCCCAUCGGUUAGAGACAAGCUACAGGAGGAAGAGCUGUACAGAGAAAUCCGGAUUAGAAUGAGAGCUGAGGAGCUGCUGCGAAAUGCAUCUCUGCCCACCAGCAGGCUGGCUCCCAAGGAUGUCAACAAGAAGAAGAAACACAAGUGUGCCGAACCAAAGGAAACAGAGCACAAACCCAAGAUCCAACCCAGAGUUCCAGAUUUUGACCGACUACACCAGAAGUUUCAGAAACGGCUCCGGCAGAAGCAGCAGGUGAAACACCUCACGGUCUGUGAGCCGUUCCAUCUCCGCACUCCGUACAUUGCCUCGAACAAGGGGAAGGUUUUGAGAGACAUUCAAGAGGAUGAAGAAAGGCUAAAAGAAACACGCUGGCCAUACGCCUCUCCAAGGCGCAAACCCCAAACCAGACAGUCGAGUGCAAAUUCACCUCUCUUGGGAUCUGGAGAAUCCAAGUCGCCAAGAGUCACACAAGCUUCACAACGAAGGCUGCAGGCCCUAAGGAAUUCACAUGAGGAAAAGAGAAGGCUGGAAGAACAACAGAAAAGAAACAGAACAAAGCAGAAACAAAGAACAAAAAAACUGCAGAAAAUUGUAAUGACUGGGGCUGAGGCCAAUGACCCCCAUCAGAGCCUCGCUCAGGUCUCUGAAUCCAAACUAAAGGCAUUCAGGAACUCCUCAAAGCAGAGAAUGCAGGAGUAUUGGCAAGAGUUGCAAGAAAUGGAAGAAAGAGUAAAGCAAAGGCCAUUGCUCUUGGAAAGAGUAACUCAGAGUAAUGCCAGAAUAGCUGCAGAAAAAUAUUAUUCCAACAGACUGAGAGCUCUGGGGGUAUGCCCAGACUUUGUUUCAAAGAAAGGACAAACAACUAACUUGCUAGAGUGCUACAUUGCUGAAGAUUUUGAUGCCAAAGAAAGAGCCAUCAAGAGUAUAGUGGAAGAAAGGGAAUUAUUUGAGGAAGCAGACAGCAUCAGUCCUCAAUCUGAGCAAUCCUUUGAGGAAGAGAAGAGAACAGGCAUCAGAACCCCCAGCUGGGAUGCUGAAUCCGCUGAGAGGGAGGAAGAGGAAGAGACACAAGCCAGCCCUCAAGGUCAGCAACCUCACUGUGCAGAGGAGACCAGGUCCAGCCCCACCUCCAACCAGCACUGUGAAGAAGAAGAGCAGAAAGAGGAAAAGGAGGAGGAGGAAGCAAAGGCAGGCGUUCUGCUUGGACAUACCCUAGAGGAAGAGAAUGAAGAGGAGGAGGAUGGGUCAAGACCCAGCUCUCAGUCUGAUCGGUCCCAUGAGCAGCAAGAGGAGAGUCAGUCUAACCCUGAAGCUGAGGGUGCUUUCCAAUAUGAGGAUGAGGAAUAUGAAAGUGAUGAUUCUGAAGAGAAGCCCAAUGAUGACGAGGCUGACUGAAGGGAAGGCAGAUAGGUUCCACAGCACCAGGCUGCCCUAUUUCAUUGCUGGCAUUGAAAUAGACACCAAAACCAUGUCUUUUUGUUACUAAUAUUAAAAACUGUGAAUGUAAAACUCUUAGCUUAGCAGUCUUUCCAGCACAGAAGCUGUGUUGAUUUUCCAAUAUGAAAGAUUAAAUUAUUCAUUGCUACCAAGA